AUGCUUACAGUGACUGAGUUCAAAUGGUUGACAGAUCCUCAGACGGCCUAUCGCAUUUUAAAGCCAUGGUGGGAUGUUUUCAGUCAUUACAUCUGCAUGGUGAUGCUUCUGAUUUCUCUGCUCGGGGGAACACUCCAAAUUGCUCAGAACAAAAUGCUAUGUCUUCCCUGCAAGGUAAUUGUCAACAACAUUUGCAAGGCCCCCUGGGAGAAUAAUACUAGCAGUACGGCAAAUAAAACUUCUGCUCUAAAUGGGAUAAAAAAUUCUCUCGACAGGCAGCAGUACGCAUACAUCGAUGCUGUGUGUUAUGAAAAGCAGCUUCAUUGGUUUUCCAAGUUCUUCCCCUACCUGGUGCUCUGGCAGACUCUGCUUCUUUUGAUUUGCAGCAACUUCUGGUUCAAGUACCCCAGCACUAGCUCAAGGCUCGAGCACUUCAUCACCAUCCUCCACAAGUGCUUUGACUCCCCGUGGACAACCCGUGCUCUGUCUGAGGCAGUUGAGAUCAGUGGGGAGAAGCACCCUUACCGCAAAGCUAAAGAAGCUUCCAAGCCUUCUUUCUCGGCCACGAACUUUGAAUCAAAAUUGUUGACCAACAGAGUGGAGCCCAACGUGACUGAUGCCAAUGAAAAGACUAUCCUGGAUCGAAAGGAAGGGGAGCAGGCAAAAGCUAUCUUUGAAAAGGUGAAGAAGUUCAAAGCACACGUUGAAGAAAAGGAUAUUAUCUACAAGUUGUACAUGAGACAGAUUAUUCUCAAAGUCAUUAUAUUCAUUUUUAUCAUUUCAUAUAUCCCCUAUUAUAUUAUUGAGAUGAACUUUGAUAUCAAUUGCAAUAUUGACAUACAGAAGUUCACAGGAUAUCAACAAUAUCAAUGUGUCCAUUCCUUGGCAACUAUAUUCAAACUCUUAGCAUCUUUUUAUGCAAUACUGGUUGUGAUACAUGGAUCUCUUAGUGUCUAUAGUCUAUAUUGGAUGCUCAGACGCUCACUGAAGAAAUAUUCUUUUGAAACAGUUCGUGAGGAAAGUAGCUACCGAGACAUUCCGGAUAUUAGAAAUGACUUUGCCUUCAUUCUUCACUUAUCAGACCAGUAUGAUCCACUGUAUUCAAAGCGAUUCUCAGUCUUCCUUUCAGAGGUCAGUGAAAACAAGUUGAAACAGAUUAACCUUAACCUGGAGUGGACAACAGAGAGGUUAAGGCAUAAACUGCAGAAAAACUCUCAGGACAAGACAGAGCUGUAUUUGUUCAUGUUAAGUGGACUCCCAGAUGCUGUAUUUGAGUUGAAAGAACUUGAAGUUCUUAAACUAGAUCUUCUAACUGAAGCCAAAUUCCAAACAGCCAUGUCUCAGCUUACGAACCUUAAAGAGUUGCACCUUUACCACACACCAACCACUGUGGACCCACAGGCACUGAAUUGUUUAUCUGAAAAUCUGCAAACAUUGCACAUCAAGUUUACUGACAUGGAGAAAGCCCCACGCUGGAUAUUUAGCCUAAAGAACUUGUCAGAACUUCAUUUAACUGGCAACUUAAAAAUGGAAAAGAAUCACUUUGCAUCUUUAAGUGGACUGGAGAAUCUAAAGAAUCUAAAAGUUCUCUACUUGAAAAAUAGCCUUUCUCACAUUCCUGCAGUAAUAACUGGCUCAGGGCUCCUCUUACACAAACUGUCCAUUGAUAACGAAGGUACCAAACUAACUGUGUUCAAUACCUUGAAGAAUAUGAUAAACCUUACAAACCUUGAACUGCUUAACUGUGACCUAGAGCGCAUUCCGCACUCUAUUUUUAGCUUGUACAAUUUACGUGAAAUUGAUUUGAAAGGAAACAGACUUAAGACAAUAGAAGAAAUUAUUAGUUUCCAGCACCUGAAAUGGCUUUCUUGCCUUAAGCUUUGGCACAAUGCUAUUGCAUAUAUACCUGUUCAAAUUGGGACACUGGCAAAUCUGGAACAACUGUACCUCAACAAUAACAGAAUUGAAAGUAUACCCCCACAACUUUUUUUAUGUCACAAACUACGACUUCUGGAUAUCAGCAACAAUCACUUAACUGCUAUUGGUGAUGAGAUCAGCAAACUGAGUCAUCUACAAUAUCUUAACGUAUCCAACAAUAAUCUGGAAACCUUACCCAAUGGACUAUUUCAAUGCUUGAAUCUGCGGACAUUGCUUGUGGGAAAGAACAGCCUGACAACACUAUCACCUCUAGUUGGUGAUCUAGAGAACCUUCUACAUUUGGAUCUUGUUGGCAACCAGUUUGAGUCCCUGCCUGCAGAAUUGGGCCGAUGUAAUUUUAAACCAGGUGGAUUUGUUGUGGAAGAGUCACUCUUUAAUUCAUUACCCAUAGCUGUAAGAGAACAUUUGUUAAAAAAUGAUGUGGAGCAAGGGUAAUCAGUUUGCAAUGUCAAACAUUGACCAGUGUUUGUAGCUGGUAGACAUAAUGGGAAGAAGUAUUCAAGUCGUCUGUUGUCGAUAAGGACCUUGGCUCAUAGCCACAUGUAUUCUUCAGCACUAAAAACCAAAGGAUAUCAGCUAUCAGACAGCUAACUGUAUGGUAUCCAGAACCACAUAUGUAUUAUAAAUAAAUUACUAUUUGGACUUGUAUGCGAAUAAGACAAUGCCUGAGAGGUAGAUCGUAAAUGGAAGAAAGGAAAGGAGUUGAAUAUUGAUCAAGAAACUGAAAGCAACAAAUAUUGUGAUGUUGAAUUAAUUACCCUCAUUAUAAGCAAAAUGAGUUUAUUGAUGGAUGUUCUUUCUUUUCGCAUUUACAAUAUAAACAAAUUUGCACAUUGUAUAGUUUGGGAA